AAACAUGCUCAUGCAACUACAAAAAUGGAUGAAACUCAAAUCCAAUUCAUACUCCCAUCUCUCAUCUUCCUAUUCUUAUUAUGGAUAACAAUCAAGAAUCUAUCACACACAAACAAGAAUCCACCGCCAUCACCCCCUAAACUCCCACUAAUCGGAAACCUCCACCAACUCGGCUCCUUACCCCACAAAAACCUCCAAUCCUUAGCCCGAAAACACGGCCCGAUCAUGCUCCUCCACUUCGGCCCCGUCCCCGUCCUCAUCGCCUCCUCAGCCGACGCAGCCCGCGAGAUCACAAAAACCCACGACCUCAUCUUCGCCAGCCGCCCCCUCAACAAGGUAAGCCAGAAACUCUCCUACAACGGAAGAGACGUUGUUUUCGCGCCUUAUGGUGAGUACUGGCGGAGAGCGAAGAGCGUACUAAUGCUGCAGCUGCUGAGCGGGAAAAGGGUCCAAUCUUACCGCUUGAUAAGGGAAGAAGAAACGGCUCUUUUGGUGAAGAGGAUUCUGGAAUGUUCGGGGCCGGUGAAUUUGAGUGAGAUGUUUUCGGAGUUCACUAACGAUGGUAUUUGUAGAUCGGCCUUUGGGAGGAAAUACAGCGAUUCGGAGAGUGGGAGGAAGUUUCUUGAGCUUGUGGGAGAGGUGUCGGAGGUGAUCGGGGCGGUUCGAGCCGGGGAAUUCCUGCCUUGGCUUAGCUGGAUGGAUCGUGUUAGUGGUUUUGAUGGGAAGGUCGAUAGGAUUGCUCGGGAGAUGGAUGAGUUUUUGGAGGGAGUGAUGCGUGAGCGGUUGGGUGAUAGAGAGGGGUUUUCGGAGGGGAAGGAAGGAGAUAAUUUUCUUGAUAUUUUGCUUGGAAUUUACAGUGAUAGCAAUGGUGAAGUCUCGGUUGAUGACACAGAGAGCAUCAAAGCAAUACUAUUGGAUGUAUUUGCAGCGGGAACAGAUACUACCUCGGUGUUUCUGGAAUGGGCCAUGACAGAACUCUUGCGAAACCCUACCGUUAUGCAAAACCUUCAAAAUGAAGUAAGAGAGACAGCCAAAGACAGCUCAAACAUAACAGAGGAUGACUUAGAAAGAAUGCAUUAUCUGAAAGCCGUGAUCAAAGAAACACUUCGUUAUCACCCGCCAGUCCCGUUGCUAGUACCAAGAGUAGCAAGCAAAGAUGUGAAGAUCAAAGGAUACGACGUGGCAGCCGGAACUGUGGUGAUGAUCAACGCGUGGGCUAUAGGGAGAGACAGUGUCUCAUGGAACGAACCGGAGGAGUUUAAGCCCGAGAGGUUCUUGAAUUCUUCAAUAGAUUUCAAGGGCUUGAAUUUCGAGCUCGUCCCGUUUGGGAUGGGUAGAAGGGCCUGCCCUGGAGCUGCAUUUGCUGUUGCUACAAUUGAGUUUGUGUUAGCUUCUCUGGUGCAAAAAUUUGACUGGAAAUUGGACAAUGGAGGUCAAGGGGGAAAUUUGGACAUGAGUGAGAGACAGGGGAUCACUGUCCAUAGAGAUAUUCCUCUUAUUGCAGUUGCUUCUCUGAGCAAAUAAAUGAGUAGACUAUAUGAUAAGAGUGUGUUUUGAUUUGUUUGGUUA